AUGGUGCAGCAGACCAACACGGCGGAGAACACGGAGGCGCUGCUGGCCGCCGAGACCUCCGACUCCGGGGCCGGCAUCGAACUGGGCAUCGCCUCCUCCCCCACGCCGGGUUCCACCGCCUCCACGGGGGGCAAGGCGGAUGACCCGAGCUGGUGCAAGACGCCCAGCGGGCACAUAAAGCGUCCCAUGAAUGCCUUCAUGGUAUGGUCACAGAUCGAGCGGCGAAAGAUCAUGGAGCAGUCCCCCGACAUGCACAACGCCGAGAUCUCCAAGCGCCUGGGCAAGCGCUGGAAGCUGCUCAAGGACAGCGACAAGAUCCCCUUCAUCCGGGAGGCGGAGCGGCUGCGCCUCAAGCACAUGGCGGACUACCCUGACUACAAGUACCGGCCCAGGAAGAAGGUGAAGUCGGGCAACAGCUCCGCCAAGCCCGGCGACAAGGCGGACAAGGGCGGCGGGGGCGGCGCCGGCGGGGGCAGCGCGGGCGGCGGCUCCGGCGGCCCCGCGGCCCCCGCCAAGCCCGCCCCGAAGAAGGGCGGCGGCGGCGGCUCCAAGCCCUCCCCCGCGGGCGGCGGCGGCGCGGGAGCGGGCGGCAAGCCCCACGGCAAGGCGGCGGGGGGCAAGGCCGCCCCGUUCCCCGGGGAGCCCUCGGCCGCGCUGCUGCCGCCCGAGCACCAGGCGCUCUACAAGCCCCGGGGGGCGUCGGGCGCGUCCUCGGGACCCGGCAAGCCGCUGGCCGAGAAGAAGCUGAAGCGGGUCUACAUCUUCGGCAGCGGGCAGGCGGCGGCCGCCUCCGCCUCCCCCGGCGGCGCCGUGCCCGGCAGCCCCACUCUGAGCAGCUCGGCGGAGGCCGGCGACCCCUUGAGCCUCUACGAGGAGGGGGGCGGCGGCGCGGGCCGGCCCGACGGGGACUGCGGCGGCGUCGCCUGCCCCUCGCCCUCCGGCUCCGGCUCGCCUUCAGAUCACCGCAGCUACACCAGCUUGCGCGCGUCCUCCCCGGCCCCCUCGACGGCGCAUUCCUCCUCCGCGUCCUCCCACUCCUCCUCUUCUUCCUCCUCCGGCUCCUCUUCGUCGGACGACGAGUUUGAGGACGACCUCUUGGACCUGAACCCCAGCCCCGGCUUUGAGAGCAUGUCCCUGGGAAGUUUCAGCUCCUCGGUGCUCGACCGGGACCUGGAUUUUAACUUCGAGCCCGGCUCGGGCUCGCACUUUGAGUUCCCGGACUAUUGCACGCCGGAGGUAAGUGAGAUGAUCUCGGGGGACUGGCUGGAGUCCAGCAUUUCCAACCUGGUCUUCACUUACUGAGGCGAGAGCCGGGCCCUGCUGCAGGAGGCACCGGCGCGCGUGGCUGUCGGCAGGACUCGCCCACCCCGCCGGACGCUUUUGUGUCUUCUUCUGUUUUGUUUGGUGUUUGUGUUCUGGGUUUUUUUAGGGGAGGGAGGAAGUGUUUUGUUUGUUUCUGGGAAGGGGCUGUUGAAAGACUGCUUCUUGAGCUCGGGGAAGGAGCGGGAUCGCCCUCUCCUUGCGGAAAGGCCAGCAGUCCCCUUCCUCCGGCUGCAGACGGACCCGCACACACCCCCUCCGAGAGAGGAGCCUGACGGUGCUUUUUGAGAGACUGGCGGGAGCGAGACGCUGUCCCUUUCCCUUUUUUUAUUUCCUGAAAAGAGACAGAGAAAGGGGGAGGGAGGGGGAAACCACACACACCUCUGGGUUCUUUGUUAUUACCCGUUUUAUACGAAUAAAGAGGAGGGGGAGCGAUGCGUUGUGCUGAGCGCACACUGGAUGUCUUGAGCGUUCGCCCUUUCCUAUGAAAGAGCGAUCAGAACUGCUUGGGGGAAAAAAACAAAAGGAGAGAAAAUCCACCCAAAUCCUUUGCAAGGUUCACAUUUGUGGGGAGAAAUCCUGUCCCGGUUUCUUCUGCUGUGAGAAGAGGCAACAAUGCUGGGAGGAGGAGGAGGAGGUGGAGGUGGAUGGAGCUGGACUGAGAUCCUAGUUAAGCGGAGAAGAGCCAGUCUUACACUUGAGAGCUGUCUUGGAAAUACGGUGGGGGGAAAUAAUAAUAAACUGAAAUGGAUUUGCACGUACAGAUAAGGUGGCGGCAGCGCUUUUCUCAGUCACCUCAUGUAAUAUGUAGAGAGAAAAAUAAGGCUGAAACUUCAAGAACACUGAAAACUUCUUUUGAAACAGAGACCGAAUGGUAACAGUUUCUGUCAUGAUGUGGUACAGGGCAAACGGAGGGCGAUGGCUUUUGCAAAAAAAAAAAAAAAAGAAAAAAAACCCGAAAAUACAAAAAAAAAAGUAGUUUUUUUCUUCUUACUCAGAAUCGUGAUGGUGUUGGAUUAUUUCACUGGUGGGGUUUAAUAUAGCAUGUUAUACUGUCUAUCUUUUCAAGAUUUCUGUAAGACUGUUGAACAGUUUAAAAAAAACAAAACUAGUGUUAGGAUAACAUAAAAGCAGAUAGAUGGCGCUAUGUUUGAUUCCUACAAAAAUAUCACCAGCUUUUUUUCAUUCUUAACUCUUUAAAGGAUUCAAACGCAACUCAAAUCUGUGCUGGACUUUUAAAAAAUGAAAAUUCAGGACCAAAUUUUUUCUCAGAGUAUGUAUGUGUUUGUUCCUUAUAGCUGUAAAUGAAAAGACUGUUUUUUCUCACCGAUGCUCCAUCCUCGUAUUGUUUUUUUUUUUUUUCCUUGUAAAUGUAAUCGGAUGCCAUUUUAUAAGUGGACGUAUUUAUACUGGCCAAACAUUUUUGACUUUGUAUUUCUUUGUCCUUUUUUGGUAGUUCUCGUUGUUACCCGCACCAUUUUUAUGUCUCCUUCACUGAAGGGCUAGAGUUUUAACUUUUAAUUUUUUAUAUUUAAAUGUAGACUUUUGACACUUUUAAAAACAAAAAGAGAAGAGAGAUGAAAACGUUUGAUUAUUUUCUCAGUGUAUUUUUGUAAAAAAUAUAUAAAGGGGGUGUAAAUCGGUGUAAAUCGCUGUUUGGAUUUCCUGAUUUUUAACAACAGGGCCGCUGGUUAGUAUCUCACGCGUGUGCGCGCUCACGCUCACUCACACUCUCACACACCCACGAAUCAGCCCCUAUUUUGUCCAUGUUUACACUCCAAUCUGCAGGCAUCUUAAAGUGACAGCAUCCCUCACCGCCCCCGCCGCUGCCCGCUCCGCAGCCCCCCGCCUCUCCGCGGAGGGGGCGGGCGGGGGCCGGGGGCAGGGAUUUUACACUGUAUGCUACCGUUUUGGGGAGCCACCUGUCCCCGGAUGAAGUGAAGCAACUGGUGCAUUUACACAGAAGGGAUCCUGUACCUUUAACUUGUAAACCACAUCUUUUGCACUUUUUUUCUAAGCAAAAACGUGCCGUUUAAACCACUGGAUCUAUCGAAAUGCCGGUUUGAGUUCGCGACACUAUGUACUGCGUUUUUCAUUCUUGUAUUUGACUAUUUAAUCCUUUCUAUUUGUCGCUAAAUAUAAUUGUUUUAGUCUCUUAUGGCAUGAUGAUAGCAUAUGUAUUCAGGUUUAUAGCUGUUGUGUUUAAGAUGAAGAAAGUGAAAACAUCUUUGUACAUUUAAGUCUGUAUUAUAAUAAGCAAAAAAAGAAGAUUGUGUGUUUAUGUAUGUUAAUAUAACAUGACAGGCACUAGGACGUCUGCCUAAUGAGGUGGUUCCGUUAAGGGUUUAACUUUUUUGUUCUUUUUUUUUGUUCUUUUUUUGGUCAUCCAUCCUGUGCAAUAUGCUGUGUAGAUUUUUUUUUUUUUUUUUGGUCUACGAUCACCCACAACACAACGUGGGGAAA